UAUUUUUUUAAGCAUCUAUAAUGCAUUGUAUUUAUGACGAGAGGACGUUAGGUUACGUUUUACAAAGCUGAAAAUUUUGAUUAUCUUAUGAAAAAAAAUGGGAAUUUGUGAAAAAUAUGUCGUGAAAGGGAUGAUUAAAGCUGGAGCUACAAGGCAGCAAGUUGUCAAAUGUCGAAAAUGUAAAGCAUGUUGCUCUUCCUGUUGGAAAAUGUUCUGCAUUUGUCUAUCGCGAAUACCAUGUGCUUCGUUCAUUGCCGCUGUUAUUGUUGGCAUUGGAUUUUUCCUUUUCAGUUUUGGACUGGUCAAAGGUUUUAAACAUCUCAACACUUGGUUGAAAAUGGAUGCCCUAGAUAUGGCGUCUAAAUUUGCAAUGUACUUUGGAAUUGCCAUGGGAGUCUUGUCCGGUUUUGGACUUCUUAUUGGUUGCUUAGCAACAGGUCGUACAAGGUUCAAUAUCUGUGGGUCACGGAAAGCCCGUUUUACUGGACGAUGCUGCACUAUCUUGGUUAUCUGCUGGCAUUACCUAAUGUGGAUAAUAUGGACCUUUCUCAUCCCAGUCUUCAUCAUCCCAGUCGUUUUCAUGUCCAUAUUCUUUGGUGUUUGCAAAGUUCAAAUUACAGAAGAAGUGGGUAACACUUGUAUAAACUUUACAGCUUAUGCUCUUGAUGAUGUCUUUGGAACGGAAGAAAUUUGUGGAGAAGAGUUAAAAGCGUUUUGCAUUGCAAUAAGCAAUGCUACCCCUUAUUUCUUGUUCUGUUUCGUUGGAACAUUAUUUGUUGUCUUUGGCGUUGUAAACAUGUUGUUGACGCUAACAGCAAAUUACGCUCACAUCAAAGACCAUCGCACACGACCCAAACAAUCCGAAUUAUCUGUGGCAAGAAAAUGUUGCCUUGUUGAAGAUCCCGAGCAAUAUUUCACCACGAGCGAUGAAGAAGUAACGGAAGAGCUUCUUACUUUGGAUUCUAAACUUAAAAACCACAACGAAGGCUUUCAAGUUAACAGACGAAGCCAUGUGGACAAUAGUUGGAAUUACAUGAGUUACAGUGGUUCAAGCGAUGAAAAACUCUUGAUGGGAAAGAAAUACUAAAACAACUGUGAUGUCAUCAAAAAGCCACGCAUUGCAUUCGUUAAUUUACUUUGUUUAUUAUAGAUGAGCGGAUUGAAUUAUUCAAUUCCGAUAAGAUUUGUGUUGAAUACAUGCACACAGACUUACAUGGAAUGAACGUGUCAUAGUUAAAAAGGUGAUCAAUACAUGAAAGUUGACUCGUUAAAUUUAAUCCAAAAUAAAUUUGAGAGGGAAUCAACGAUGGUAGCAUAUCACACAUGAAAUUAUUGACGAAUCCUACAAGACACUUUAAUAUUCAAUAUUUACGUCACUAUAACAUCAUUUACGUCAUACUUUUAUUAUCACACCACAUGUCUGUGUCAAUUAUAGAUUAUCUUCACAAAGCA